AUGUCGGGGAGCGGCGGAGCGGUGCUGCUGUUGCUGGCAGCCGCGCUGCUUGGUGUCCCGGGAGGAGCGCAGCCGACGGGGGAAGCCGCCUGCCGACCGGUCCGCGCCUCCUUCCAGGCGCUGCAGCCCGGAGCCAAGUGGGUGCCCGAGAGCCCUGUGCCAGGCUCUGAUCUGCAAGUAUGUAUUCCCAAGGGCUCCACGUGCUGCUCGAGGAAGAUGGAGGAGAAGUACCAGGCAACAGCCCGCCUGAACAUGGAGCAGCUCCUGCAGUCUGCCAGCAUGGAGCUGAAGUUCCUGGUCAUCCAGAACGCUGCAGUCUUCCAAGAAGCCUUUGAACUCGUAGUACGGCACGCAAGAAACUUCACCAACAGCAUGUUUAGGACCUACUACCAGAGCAUGGGGCCCAAAGCUCUGAAGUUUGUUGGAGAACUUUUUACCGAUGUCUCGCUGUAUAUAUUGGGCUCUGACAUCAGUGUUAAUGACAUGAUCAAUGAAUUUUUUGACAGUUUAUUCCCUUUGGUUUACUCUCACCUGAUUAAUCCCGGCUUCCCCGAUCCCUCUGUGGAAAUGACUGAAUGCCUGCGGGCAGCCAGGAGUGACCUCAGAGUCUUCGGUAACUACCCAAAGAUGAUGAUGACGCAGGUGUCCAAGUCUCUGCAGGCCACACGAGUCUUCCUGCAGGCACUCAACCUGGGCAUUGAGGUGAUCAACACUACUGACCACUUGAAAUUCAGCAAGGACUGUGGACGAGCGCUGCUGAAGAUGUGGUACUGCUCACACUGCCAGGGGCUCCUCCUGGCCAAGCCCUGUGCCAGCUACUGUGGUGUGGUGAUGCAGGGAUGCCUGGCGGGCCUCGCAGAGAUCGAUAGCCACUGGCAAGAGUACAUCAGGUCUCUGGAGGGGCUGACCAAAGGUAUGCAUGGCAUCUAUGACAUGGAGCACGUCCUCUUGAGCCUCUUCUCCUUGGUGCGGGAUGCGAUUGUCUACGUGCAGAAGAAUGAAGGAAAGCUCUCGACAACUAUCAGCCGGUUGUGUGGCCAUGCUCAGCAGAGGCAGUAUCGAUCAGCUAAUUACCCCGAAGACCUUUUCAUUGACAAGAAAGCCCUGAAGGUGACUCCCAUCGAGCAAGAAGAAACUUUGUCAAGCAGGAGGAGGGAACUCAUUACGAAGCUGAAGUUCCACAGCAGUUUUUACAGCAGCUUGCCGGGGUAUAUCUGCAACCACAGCUCUGCUGUUCAGAACGACACUCGUUGCUGGAACGGACAAGAAGUCAUGGAGAGGUACAGUCCCCAAAUCACACGGAACGGAGCAAAAGCUCAGCCUGGCAACCAUGAGGUGAAGAUGAAAGGUCCCGAGCCAGUCGUCAGCCAGAUUAUUGACAAGCUGAAACACAUCAACCAGCUGCUCAAAGGGAUGGCUUUGCCCCGCCGAAAAGCUUCAGGCAAAACCCCAGAGGAGGAGGAGGAAAGCGGAGACUGCGACGAUGAAGAUGACUGUGGAGGAGGCUCUGGGGAUGGAGAGCUGCGAGUGAGGAACCAGCUCCGGUUCUUAGCAGAGCUGGCCUACGACCUGGACAUGGAUGACACCUCUGCAAACAAACAGCUUCUGAACCAGCAAAGCAAAGACGGAGCCGCGGUCCCCAGCAGCGACCCCGGGAGCGCAGCCCCUCGUCUCGGCCCUGCUGCAGCCAUCAUCCUGGUUCUGCCACUGCUGCUGGGCCAUGGGCCGUGAAUGCUGCUGCAGCAUCACUCUGGCGCUCUCCAGACCUGUUUUUUUUUACUGAGGAAGACAUUCAAAGCCUCUUCUGAAAUAUAUGCACAUUUCCAAAGACAGGGCAAAUGAGUCGGUUUUAUAAAAGAAUAUGGUAUCUUCAGCCCCCAAAACGCCCCCUAAAAAGCAUUUGUUCAUGGUAAACUAGUAAAUAUCUAUCAGUGACUUUUACAGGUGGUCCUGUUUAAUAUAAGAAGGUUCAUGUUAAAUUGCGUUCCUUGCAGUUUUUGAAGACUGAGGUCUCCCUUGCUGUUAAGUUGAAGGCCAUAUUUCAUCUUGGGUUGUUCAAAUGACCAUGGAGUGCAGAACAUCUACAAUUUAUGACAUGCUCUCAGCAAAUAUCAGCCCCCUGAUCCUAGUCGACUUGAUACAGAUUUUGUCUGUAGCUCAAUCAAGUUUUGUUGCUCUAAAUUCUCCCCUAGGAAUCUGAGCAGGUACAUAAUACAGAAGGGUGUGUGAAGACCGGGGAGAGAGGUCAGACAGGCAUUGCUGCUGAAGGGGAAUCGUUAUGCACCGAGAUUGCUGUGGAGAUGUGCUUGCUUUGUGGCAAGUUGCAGGUGAUUUUGCUGUUCGCCUCCCAGCAGGUCCUGUGAAGCCCAUGCCUGUGGCCAGUCCCGACCAUCAUCCCCAUGGCCCAAUGCAACGCCCUGGUUUUAUUCUUCAGAAGCAAAGCACCUCCUUUCCCACGGGAAAUCUGCAAACACAGCUCCAGCCCAAGG